GACCUAUAAACUGGUUCUUCACGACAACAACAUAGAAUCCCUUGUUUCUCCUUCAACCUCUCUCUAAGGACUAUUUUUUCUUCUUUGUUGACAGAACCAAAGCCAUGGGAAUUCUUGACUAUAUUUCGGAAUUUUUCUCAGUAGCACCUUCCACCGGAAAGAAACGCAAGCCAAUGCAGACUGUAGAAAUCAAAGUGAAAAUGGACUGUGAUGGCUGUGAAAGAAGAGUUAGAAACUCUGUCGUCCACAUGAAAGGUGUGAAGCAAGUGGAAGUGAACAGAAAGCAAAGCAAGAUAACAGUAACAGGUUAUGUGGAGAGAAACAGGGUGUUAAAGAAGGUUCAGAGCACAGGAAAAAGAGCAGAUUUUUGGCCCUACAUUCCUUACAACUUGGUGGCAUACCCUUAUGUGGCACAGGCAUAUGACAAAAAGGCUCCAUCAGGUUAUGUGAAAAACUCUGCACAAGCACUACCUGCUCCAAACUCACUCGAUGAAAAACUUACCUCUCUCUUCAGUGAUGAAAACCCCAAUGCAUGCUCAAUCAUGUAAACCAUUUUCAACUUCCAUCAAUUUUCGAACACCAGUUCUACUACUUCAUGCUUCCUUCUACAAACAAAUUUCUCUUAUUUUGAUGCUUAUAACUUGUUUGUUAAGUAUUAUUUGCUUCCACCUUGAAGAGUAGGUGAUGGACACAUACUCAACUUCACCCCAAAUUUCAAUCAUUCACAGUUUUACUAUACAAGUCAAUUCCCGAAUAAAAUUCCCUGGGCCUCCAAAACAUAUCGACCAUACCAGCUAAUGAAGUUUGAAGUACCCCACACCAUUUC